UGAUUUGGCGUUUGUGAUUGGUGGUGUUGUUGUAAUGUCCUGCUUUUAAUACCUAGGUUUAGACGGACGUUUAGGCUAUCCCUAUUAUUAACUGAAGUUAUGUUUCAGUAAACCGAUACGUCUAUUGUUAAUGUUGUUUUAUAUUACAUCAUGGGGAAUUGUUUGGAAAUAUGUUUUGGUAGAAAACAAAGAAGGAAGGACUACUUCCGUGGGAGGUAUCACAACUGUAAUGUGGGCAUAGAAUUUGAGAACCUUAUGGAUGAUGAUGGUUGUCAAGAAGAUGGAAAUGCAAUUAUUACACAUGAGGAAAGAGAGCUGUUGAAUGACCUCAGGUACACAGAACUGGUAGCAGCUCAGAGGAAAAUAGAUACAGAAAUUGAUGAAAAGUUACAAAGACAAGAAGAGGAAAUAAAGCUUGAAGAGGAAGCUUUCAUAGCAGCUAAAAGAGAAGCUUCAAGAAUAGCCAGACAGAAGAAAUUAAUGGAUGCCAAACGAAUGGAAAACAGUAAUGGUCGAGCACAGUCAUGGCUAGGAGAUGAUGAAAGCCAGUGGGAUGUGGCUGGUGGUCAAGAUGAUUUUGAAAUGUUUUUGGAGUCUGUAAAAGCAAGGUCAUUGUCUGUAAGGGCAAAUGGUGUACCAUUGACGCCAACUGAAUUUGAGGACAAGCUGGAAUAUACCAACAGCAAGAAAGAUACAACAAUUUCAUCAGAUGAUGCAUCAUGGGAAGGGAAUUUUGUGAACGCAGACAUGACACCGGAACCUAUUGUUAUACCAGCAUCUGUAUCUGUUGAUAACCACAUCAGUCAUGAAAUAACAACAGCAAGUACGAUGACAGUUGGAAUGGCACAGACUAGCUUAAGACCUCUUGAUUCUGGUAAAGACACAUUGCAAAUAGUAGCUGACAUAAACAUUCCAGCAUCGUCGAAUCAGAGCGCAAAGACAGUUGCACCAACAACAAGUCAUUCAGUGUUAGAUUCCAGUUUAAAAGAUUUUGAUGAUUUCCUUGAUGAACUUGAGCAGGAAUUGGACUUGUCAACAUCUUAGAGUUUGCAAUUUCUCUUCAGCCAGGGUAAUAAUUAGAUAAUGCGCAUGAUUAAUUGCACUGUAUAUUUCUAUUUUGCGCAAUCAGUGGUGGACUAGGGUCUGCCUGAUAGAGGGGGUCUAGUCAGAAUUCCUCACAGGGUGUGCUCAGAAGGAAAAGCUGUUGGAUAUUCUGACAAUUUAGGGAUUUGAAAAAAAAGGCUUAUUUAAUCUCGCAUUCUGUGAAAAUUCAGAAUUUUUGUUCCUCCAAUAAAUCUUGUUUUCUCCCCCCCCUCCCCCCGGAGGCUCUCCCUGCUGGCAUUGCAUGCAGCAGAUGUACAAUUGCCAAUUACUUAGCGGAAAUGUCCAUUCACACAAGACAAAUUGUUACAAGGGACACAUCCUGAAUAUAGGACUUCCUGAGAAAUAUCCAUCACUUUUACACAAGUGAAUACAACCUUGCUUUAAAGUCAAUACAAUAGAUUGUAACAAUUCAAGUAAAACCACAUUUUAGAAACUGCUUUUAAUUGAACCAUUAUUAUUAACAUCAACAUUUAUCUGAAGUUUCGAUCACAGUUGGCGAUCUUUGUCAAGAUUCUGACUGUGUUAUUUCAGCCUGGUCAUGACGUCAUCAGUCCGAAGACAUUAGUGCACUGAUGUUAAUCCAUGUAAAAAUAUCUUGGUAGAGUUUACAAAUCUUCGCAAUGUAACACAUGGUAAUUUUAAAUAGAUGCACCUUCACAUAAACAUGAUUUGAAAUGGAGACACUCUCGCUUCAUUUUUUCUGGUGCCCUCUGGAAUAUUUUGUCUUGUGUGAAUCAUAGUUUCAAUUUCAGCCAUGAGAAUAAUUUCCUAAAGCCCUGUCCAGACUAAACCAAUUUUAUUGGACAAAAACUUGUAGCAUACCUAAAUAUGGUUAUGACAUAAUUUGAUGACCAUAUAUAGGCACAUUAUGACUAUAUUAUGAGCAUUCAACACUUUUUUUUUUAUCACACUGGGUUUGAAAGAGCUAUGCUUUCAUAAACCACCAAGCUACAGCCCUAAUUAAUAGAGAAAUACUCACUAACGAUAAUUAUUAUUUUUUUUAAAUACAUCAUGAUUUUGUGCAUAAAUACAGGCUUCUGAAUUUUCAAUACUUCAUUUUUUUUUACAGAUAUACUGUGAUAAGGUAUGAAAUAUAAAUUAAAUUUAGAACAAGUAAGAAAAAAAAAACCCACCCAUAUACUAAUGUUUCUGUAAUCUAAUAUAAAUGUGGGGGAAACAAUUAAAUUGUUUAUUUUUUGUAUAUAUUAUUAUAGAAUUAUUAGCUUCUACAUAAACACAGAGUUACAUAGACUUCAUGUACUUUCAGAUGAAUCAUUGUGUUAUAAAAACAAUGUACAUUUCUUGUUAAGUACUGUAUUAUUUACUGAUAGUUUUU